AUGUCGAACAGUGAGGUUCCUAGUUAUAGCCAAUUCGCAUGCGUGGGCACUGGGUUCGCGGGCAUCGGGCUUGGCGCGACGUUGAAACGGUGGUAUGACAUCGGCGACAUCCAGUUCUUUGAACGGAACAGCAAGCUAGGAUGUGCUUGCGAUAUCCCAAGCGCGCUCUACAGCUUCUCAUUCGAAGCCAACCCCAACUGGAGUCGGGUCAUGCCACCGCAGGAGGAAUUAUGGCGAUAUCUGGAUCACGUUGCGAGGAAGUACAACCUCACAAACAAGAUGAAGUUUGGUGUUGACGUCGAGAGAUGUGAGUGGUCAGAGGUACGUCAACGCUGGAGAAUGACCAUUCGGCGGUACAGCGACGACAGCAUAUUCACCCAUGAGUGCCAAUUCCUGUUCACGGCCACAGGGCAGCUCAUGCAGCCGAACCCAAUCGAUGUCCCGGGAGCCGAGAACUUCAAAGGAGCCAUCUUUCAUUCCUCUCGGUGGGAUACGAGUGUGGACAUUGAGGGCAAGAAGGUGGUCGUUUUCGGCAAUGGCUGCACUGCCACACAGCUGAUACCAGCGAUCGUGGAUAAGGUGAAGCACCUCACGCAGGUGAUCCGGACGAAGCACUGGAUCAUGGAAUCAGUCGACUCUGCCAACACGACGUUCAUGAAGAAGGUGUUCGGCAGCGUUCCCGGUAACAUGACGAUCCAGCGGCUUCUCAUGUUUGCCUGGGCAGAAGACUCAUUUCGUGGGUUUUACAUGACUGAUGCCGGGACGCGCUACCGCAAAAGAGUGCAGGCGCGGGUUGAGAAGUACAUGAGAGCGACAGCACCGGAGAAGUACCACGACAAGAUCAUUCCCGAUUUUGAGCUUGGCUGCAAACGACGCGUUUUUGACUCCGGAUACCUCGAGAGCUUGCACUCGGAGAACAUGACUCUGAUGGACGAUCCGGUCCUUGAGAUCGUACCAGAAGGAAUCAGGACCAAGGACGGCAUUAUUGAAGCAGAUGUAAUAGUCAUGUGCAACGGCUUUGUGACGAACAAUGCGGUUGGAGGGUUGAAAGUUAUUGGGCGAGGCGGCGAGACGAUCGAUCAACACUGGGAGAGCUUUGGCGGCGCAGAGGCGUACAACUGCACCAUUCUAAACAACUUUCCCAACCUUUUUGUGCUACUAGGCCCUAAUUCCCUCACUGGGCACACUUCUGCAAUCAUCGCCGCUGAGAAUUCCAUCAACUUUUCACUUCGUAUCAUCAAGCCAUUGCUAGAUGGCAAAGGUACCAUUGUAGAAGUCAAGAGGAAUGCAGAAGAAGAAUAUGUCGAGCAGAUGCAAAGAGACAUGCAAGAUAGAGUGUGGUACACCGGGUGCAAUAGCUGGUACCUGAGAGGCUCGAAGGAGGGGAAGAAGUGGAAUGGGUCAACAUACCCUUACUCACAAGUCUACUUCUUGUAUCGUUGCUUGUUCCCUCAGUUUGGCGACCUGCAAAUAAGUGUAUCUAGGGACCUACCCAUCCCGGACGAAGACGAAGCACCUGGCGGAAGCCAGCAAUGCUGGCUUUAG